AUGAACUCCCAACUUCUUAAUCUUCUUCUGCUUUUACUUUUUUCACAUUUCUCGUGUUUUCUUGUCUUUGUUCCUGCAUCUGCAAAGGUGUUUUUGAGCAUAGAUUUUGGUUCAUCUUCAUCGAAACCUCAUACUGAUGAUAAUUCAAUCGUAUGGGUCGGGGAGGAUCCUUACAUACAAAAUGGGGAAACUCAUAAAGUCAUGAUCGAUCCACCAAACGUAAAGGCCUGGGAUUCUCAUGUUAUGAGUACUCUAAGAGCAUUCCCAACACGUAAAAAGAACUGGUAUUCGAUAGACAUUGAAGAUAAAGCCGAAGAUGCUGCUAAGACUACGGCUGAACGCGUCCUUGUUCGAGCUAAUUUCUAUUACGGUAACUAUGACGAUAAGUCGACUCCUCCGAAGUUCAAUCUUCAGUUCAAUGGGAACAGUUGGUCAGAAAUCGUAACACACCAGGACAAUUUCAUAUGUGCAGAAAUGGUAUAUUCACAUAUCAAGGGAAACAAUAUAAGCAUGUGUCUUGCCCAAACGCAACCAGAUAAGAUUCCGUUUAUAUCGUCUCUUGAAGUAAGAAGUUUGCCUCCAAAUGCUUACCGUUAUGUCGAUUCAAACUAUCCAUUGUUUUUCUUUGAAAGAUUUUCUUUUGAUGCCAACACAACUAUAAGGUAUUCCGGAGUUUUUUAUAGUCGAAUUUGGGCCCCAGUUCAGAAUAUCAGGGUUCAAAGCAACUCGCCAUAUCGACAUGUCAACAUUGACGAUAACCCUCUUGAGGCUUUAAGAACAACACUCGCACAAUUGCAAGAGGUUAAACUUGAUCCUUCAAUUCCGUCUACUUCUGCUAAUCACAAUCUCACCAAUGACGAUUUUUCUCCUGAGAAAGCUCUACAAAAGGCACAUUUGUCUGGAAAUCUUGUUUAUACUGGAAUUUCAGAUCCUUAA